GCGGACUUCUACGACGAGUUGGCUACAGAAAUCAACAAACUCUCCUCCGUAGCCUGUCUGGUAAACAAUGUUGGCAUAUCACAGGUUUGCUCCGGACCCACGGCCACCUGUGAGUUCAUCUCCACACAGAGUAUUGAACAGCUGCUCUGUUGCAACGCCGUCUCCACGGCCUGUAUGUCUCGCAUCACGCUGGCCAAGAUGCUCAACCAGACGCCGCACAAUGCUGGUGCCCAGCCCUGCAUCAUCAAUAUGGGCUCCGUGUCCGGUCUG